GCAGCAUCUGACACCUCCAUCUCUCCAGAUCAACGCCGCGACCAUCCACCCAUCUCUUAUUCUCUUUGCACUGUGCUGCUGAUUGCCUGUUCUUCUCCGCAUUGGAAAACAAGGCGAAGCCUUAGUUUUGCAUUUCUCGGUUGUCUCUCUUGCUAUUAGCGGUCGGAGGCUUGCGCCAUCCUUACCCGCUUGCUCCGUUCAACCUCAUCUGUUUCCGCACCACACCGCCUUGCAACUCGCUCCAACACUUCUGGUCCCGCGAUAUCGACUCAUCCGUCGCAUUCAUACAAAAACAAGCACAGGUUGAGCAUAGCACCAGCUCUUUAUUAUGGCUGACCCCAAUAGUCCGGAGCUUGCUCAUUUGCGGCUCACUGCGGAAGAGAAGCGCUUUUUUGCCCAGCUGUUCAACCAGGCAGACCCGGAUACUCUUGGGAUCGUCACCGGAGAUGUUGCCGUGAAGUUCUUUCAGAGGACCAAGCUCGCGUCAGACGUCCUCGGACGGAUAUGGCAGGUAGCCGACCAAGAAAACCGAGGUUUCUUAGACUUUUCGGGUUUUUGUCAAUCACUCAGAUUGAUCGCGCACUACCAAGAAGGUCAACUGGAACCAACAACAGAGCUCGCUCGAAGACCUGGCCCACUUGCGAAAUUCGAAGGACUCAACAUGCCAGCGGCACCGACCCCGCCGCCUCCGGCUGCUCCCAUUCAAGCACAAUCGAGCGGCGGUCCGAUUCGCGUACCACCCCUAACUUCAGAGAAAGCGAUGGAUUAUAGGGCAUUGUUUCAAACCACCGACCAGGUCAACGGGCUACUCGGAGGAACCGAAGCCAGGAAUAUCUUCGAGAAAGCCCGAUUACCGAACGAUGUCUUGAGUCGAAUCUGGACUUUGGCCGACACCCAUGAAAGAGGAGCUCUGGAUGAGACUGACUUUGUGAUUUCUAUGCAUCUCGUCUCAUCCCUCAAGUCCCGCGCCAUGCCAGCAUUGCCUGUGAAACUCCCUCCUGGCCUUUAUGAAGCUGCCUCACGCCGGACACCCGUUCCUCGACAAUUUAGCGGCCAAAACGCUCAGAGGACGAGUAGCCCGCUUACGAAGUACCCACCGUUUGCUCCUCCAACAGCGGCGCCGGGAGAAUGGCUCAUCGAUCCACAUAUGAAGCAGAGGGCUGACGAGUUGUUCAACACUAUGGACCCGGGCCGGUCUGGAUUUCUGGGUGGUGAUGUCGCGGCCGUCUAUUUCAAAGAUUCCAAACUUGCAGACGAGAUAUUGGCGCAGAUCUGGGAUCUUUCCGACAUCGACCACGACGGUCGGUUGAACCGGGAUGAAUUCGCCGUGGCGUUAUAUCUUAUUCGGACGCAAAAUCAACGAUCUCCCCCACCACUUCCGGCAGCGUUGCCGCCGAAUCUGGUUCCUCCCAGCAUGCGAAAUCAAGCACAGAUCCCGCCGCCGCCCCAACCAUCAUCUGCGACCCCUUUCGAUGGCUUUCAGCCCGCAUCAUCUGCUCCGAAGCUUGCAUCUGAGGACUUGUUUGGGCUGGAUGCGUUUUCCGGCUCUGCUCCCGCUCAGACUCAGCAGACAACUGGAGAAUCUGGAACCCAAUCGAAAACAUUCGACUCUGACCCAUUCGGCAGCAAGCCUAGCUCCCCGUCGGCUUCACAGACGUUCCCUUCAGCUGCCCGGAGCCAAACCCAGUUCAAACCGUUCAUGCCCACGUCCUCGUUUGGUCAAACUUUGACCUCCCACUCCACCGGCGGCUCUGGAGCGGAGAGACCCCAAGCGAAGAGCCCACAGGCCGUAAUGGAUGAUCUCCUAGGGGACAAUGACCCCGAAGUUAGCAAGAAGUUGACGCCCGAUACUUCGGAGCUUGCGAAUAUGUCGAAUGAGCUGCGCCAGCUUGCAAACAAGACGAAGGAGGUGCAAUCGAAGAAAUCGGCAACGGAAAGUGAUCUAAGCAGCACGAACACGCAGAAGCGUGAUCUCCAGCUUCGGCUGUCACAGUUCCGCUCUCAGUAUGAGCAGGAAGUCAAAGUGGUUAAAGAUUUGGAAGACCGCCUGGCUUCUAGUCGCAAUGAUGCUCAAAAGUUGCAGAAGGAGUUCGCCAUGCUUGAAGGCACGUAUCAAGAUUUGCAGGUGCAACACCGCCAAUCCGCAGAACAGCUCCAAUCAGCGCAACGAGAGAAUACCUCUCUUCGAGAGCGUAUCGGCCAAACGAACAACGAAGUGGCCCAACUAAAGCCGCUGAUUGAAAAGCUCCGUAACGAAGCCCGCCACCAGAAAGGGAUGGUCUCUAUCAACAAGAAGCAACUUGCAACAAAUGAGGGCGAGCGUGAGAAGCUCAAGUCGGAAAUGAACGAACUGAACCAAGCAAAGCAAGCGUCCAGAAGCGCAGCAGCCGAUCAGACCGGGUCUCCCGUGACGAGUCCUGCUCCCAGUGCGGCGAGUAAUCAGAGCAUGAAUCCAUUCUUCAGGAAAUCGCCCCAACAGAGCUUCGACAAAACUACAAGCCCGUCUACCUUCACACCGACAAGCCCUGGCGGCACUGCUCACGACAGGUUCGAUAACUUCUUCAACACUGCCUUCGCACCCACGGGGCCGUCGACCAGUCAACCUCCACAGACGUCAUUUGCAUCCAGAACCGACUCUUUCCCACGCUCGAAUGCCCCGAACUUUGCAGCUGCGGCCACCUCUCAUCAAGCUGGCGGAUCUGUGGUUUCGUCCGAAGCAGAUGCCCCAACACCUUCGACCAGCCCGCCCCUAUCGUCUUAUCAAGAGACGAAUGAACCUCCGCCGCCUCCCCAGUCCAGGCAAAUCACAUCCAGCGAGCUCCCCCUACCGAGCAGCAUCCCUCGCACAGACUCUUUCAGCUCCUCAGUGAGAGUCGCAACUCCAGCGAGUCGAAUCGGAGGCGCUGACACCCCGAAAAAUGCGUCUAGCUCCUCUAAUGUGCAGGGUCAAGAAGGGUCCCGCGGUGAAGCAAGCAAGCCAGAGCACUCUGGGUUCCCUCUUCCUGGGGGAUUCCCGUCCACAUCCAGCCCCUUGCAAGCUGAUAUCACCGGUGGUAGUGCCGGUGCGUUCAGCGACAAGAGCAGAAGCAGUGCUCGGCAAACCGACCGAUCUGACCCAUUCUCAUCGGCCACCCGAGGCGGCAAGGUUGACUUUGACGCCGCCUUUGCGUCUUUUGGAACUGGCUCUGGCAAGGCUCCUACAGGUACAAGUGUCAAUGGCGCUUCCUCUUCCGGAGGGGAUGCUUCCAAGAAAUUCAAGGAGGAGUUUCCUCCUAUCGAAGACGUAGGACAGGACGACGAUAGUGAUAGCAAUAGUGAGCCAGCGCAAGGUUUUGAAGAUAGCUUCACGCCAGCUAGCUCUCAGCACCAGCGGAAGGGAAGUGGCCUGUCCGGUGCAGGGACGGGAAAGUCUCAGUCGAGGCCGGGAACGAGCGCUACGGAUACCGGCGAUGAUUUCUUCAAAGUAUCCUCCCAACGCCCGCCCGUUAGCCAGAUUCCAUCGAGCGCAUCGACGGAUCUUCCAACUCCAAAUGCCCAGAAAGGCCCGCCAAGCUAUGAGCAGUCUGUGCCAGCGCGGACCGGAUCCAACCAGUUUCCACCUGAAUUUGGCGGGCUGUUGCCCUCGCGACAAGAUCCGACCUCAGAACCGGGCUCGCAGGCCACGUCACCCGAGAAAACAUUUGCCAGCCCUGCCACGAGCACAUCUGAGAAGACGGCGGGACAGAAUCUAUUUGCAACAGCAUCCGGGGCGUCCUCCGGUCCGACACAGGCCCCGUCCGCCGCGACUUUGCAGCCACAACCCAUCAGUCAGCACCGAUCGCAACCGAGCUUCGGCGAUGAUUUCGACUCCGGAUUCGAUGACUUGACCGAUGCCAAGGAGGGUACCGACGACAAGCUCGACGAUGACGUCGACUUCAUCUCGGCAUCUCGCGACGCGGAUGCCUUUGGCGACUUCAACCCGACCUUUGACUCCCCGACGGCUUCCAAGACGAACACCAUCACAUCCCAUCAAGCCACGCCGACCGGAACUGCACACGGUGCGGGCGCCAGCACCGCGACCACGAGCGACUUCGAACAUAUGUCCCAAAGCUUCGCGACGUCCGGCAGCGGCGGGCCAUCGGCUUCGAAAGUCAGCAGUCCCGCCAUUCCCAUGACAUCCAGCUCGCAUGACUGGGACGCUAUCUUCUCCGGUCUCGACUCGAGUAACAGCAUAGUCGACAAGCCGUCCAACCCUGCCGUUGAAAACGCAAAGGUGGGGUUCAUCUCCAUCGAGCAGGAGAAGGACUCGCAACCUCCCAAGCUCGCACGGGCUCUGAGUGCGGGCAGCGAGCACGAUGAUCCGAUCCUGAAACGGUUGACGAGCAUGGGGUUCCCGAGGCACGAGGCAUUGGCCACUUUGGAGAAGUAUGAUUAUGACUUGGAGAAGGCCGCUCAAGAAUUGGCAACUUCUGCAGCAAAAUGAGAGGCGUCGAGUUUGGCGGAUGGUGGAUGUGCUCGGUGGUAGUAAUCAUGUUGCGGUUUUUUUUCAGCCAAAGUACGAUGGCCGUUCAUUUCGCUGUGUCUAGUUUUCACGAACCAUACCCUUCCUAAUGAGCACAAAGUUGAUUGAGCGUCUGUAGCGAAUCCGAGGCCCAAGUCCAGAUCAUUUGG